AUGACCAUAAUAGUAUUUUUGAUCGACACGUCGGCCUCCAUGAAUCAGAGGGCUUAUUUGGGUGGGCGACCCACGCUCUUGGACGUAGCCAAGAGCGCCGUGGAAACCUUCGUCAAGGUACGACAGAGAUCGCCGGAGAGCCGUGGGGAUCGUUACAUGCUCCUGACCUUCGAAGAUCCACCUCAGAACAUCAAGGCAGGAUGGAAGGAGAACUUGGCAACCUUCAUGAACGAACUGAAAAACUUACAAUGCGUCGGUUUGACGACGUUAGGUGCCGCGUUGAAACACGCGUUAGACGUACUGAACAUAAACCGUAUGCAGACUGGUAUAGAUACUUAUGGCCAAGGAAGAUGCCCGUUUUAUUUAGAACCAUCCGUUAUAGUUGUUAUAACAGACGGAGGAAAAUAUACGACUAGCAGCGGAGUCAACCAAGAUUUUACAUUACCAAUGCAUGCCCCGAUACCUGGAUCUGAACUGACGAAAGAGCCAUUUAGAUGGGACCAAAGAUUAUUCUCUUUGGUAUUGCGUUUAUCAGGAACACCAGCCGUCGAACGAGACAUUGGCUUAGUGGCAAGUGACGCGUCACCGAUAGAUGCAAUGUGUGAAGUGACCGGAGGUCGUUCGUAUUGCAUCACGUCAUUCAGGAUGAUGAUACAAUGCAUAGAUUCUCUGGUGCAGAAAGUUCAAUCAGGUGUAGUGAUAAAUUUCGAGAAAAUCGGUCCUGACCCACCACCGUUAACCAAUGAAGCCCCACAACAUCAGGACGAGGAGGAAAAUGAGGACGAUGGUAACGCAACGAACGGACCACGCACUCAGUAUUCCAAUACGUUGGCGCCGGGAAACACGGCUUGGUAUUCCUGCAGACGCUUAAUUUACGUCCCGCGGUCAGCUCAGAAAGGAUUCGCGGUAGGUUUUUGGCCGAUCCCCGAAAGCUUCUGGCCAGAUCUUAGCGCCAGCUCGUUACCGCCACGAUCGGCGCAUCCGAAUGUGAAAUUUACGUGCACCAGUCAGGAGCCAAUGGUGAUCGAGAACUUACCCUUUGACAAGUACGAACUAGAACCGAGUCCUCUGACACAGUACAUCCUAGCGAGGAAACAGCCGACAACAUGUUGGCAAGUGUUUGUUGCUAAUUCGUAUAAGUCGAGUGAAGUGGGCCAUCCGUUCGGUUACUUGAAAGCUAGUACAAACUUAACUUGUGUAAAUCUCUUCGUCAUGCCUUACAACUAUCCCGUGCUGUUACCACUGUUAGAAGAGCUCUUCAAGGUACAUAGGCAAAAACCGACACCUGAAUGGAGGGCGCAAUUCCAGGGUUAUAUAAGGACCAUGCCUACCUAUUACGCCGCCUCGUUGAGAAGGGCAUUAACUAGAAUGGGUGCGUCUACACCUCUAGCACAAACCUUGAUACCCGAUAACAUGGAUAAUUCUUUAUCGUAUAGUGUUUUAAAUUAUUUAAAACGGUUGAAAAAUCAAGCUAAGAUCGAAUUUGAUCGGCUGUGUAACGAAGUCAUUUCCAAGCAAGUCGCUGCUUCGAAUCUUACGAAGAAUUUAUCUAACUGUACCACGAGUGUGGUGACGGAAGGAGUGAGAGUUGUACCGAAGUCACCGUUAAAAAAAGAUUUGGUGUCCCAUCCUUUGUUACAAGACAAGUUCACGAGCCUCCGCGAUCAACUGAACGAGUUCGGAGGUUUUGUCGUCGGGUUAGUGAAAAAUCAACAACAGCAACGUGGCGCGCACAGUUAUAGGAACGCUUUUGAUGUGCCGAGAAAAUCCUUGCUCGAUCAAGUUGUGCGGAUGCGCGCAAAUUUCCUACAACCUGGCUUGUUGCAUACAAAAUUACUCGAUGAUGAUUACGUUCAUUCGAUGCCUUUAGCCCAAAUGGGAAAUUAUCAGGAAUACUUGAAACGUAUGACUCCACCGUUGAGAGAGAUCGAAAGUGUACCAGUUAGACAGCAUAUGUUCGGUAAUCCCUUCAAAAUAGACAAAAGGAUGAUGGUAGAUGAGGCAGAUAUUGACAUAGUCGGUGCAACAGCCUCAACAUCGAAAGGUGGUCUUAAGCGCACCUUACCGCAAUCGGAUAACGUAGGCUCAUCCUCCCCGAGGCCGCCUCCCAACAAGAGGAAGCCUGGACCCAUACCGAAAGACGUGAUCGUUCGACGACCUUCAUAUACUAAUACUCCACCGAGUUCCCCGAUUCCUUGGAUGAUGGAGGACACGAAGAGUCAAGUAAUGGUGACAGCAACAGUAGCAGCAGCAGCAACAACACCAGUCGCCGAUACGAGCACUCCACCGAUCUUGUCUUGUUUACCCAAUGUAUCGCCGGGUCACGCGUCGUUACCGUGUUCAAGCGCGUCCGAAAAGUUGGUAAACGGUCUCGCGGAAAUGCCAAUUAUACCAGUUUUCGAGCCGAUUCCAGUGGAACACGUUAACAAUCAUAUGGACACGCCGCCCGUUCUGACGCCGAUAGUUAAUAAUGUCGACGCAAUAUCGAAGGGUGAUGUUAAAAGUGAACGAACAGAUAAUGUGAAGAACGAGUGUAAUCGGUUACCAGUUAAUGAUUGUAUUGAGAAUAAUAUGCGAGUGGACAGUGCUGCUGAGGAGAGACUGACGAAUCAUGUAGAGGAGAAGCGUGAACCGAAGUCCGAGAGAGAGAAGAAGCUGACGAAGAAGGAAUUGGAAGACAUCAGGCGACACAAUCUGAAUAUCCGGGAACUCGUUUACAAGGAAGUGCGAAGAAGAGGGAAAAAUUACGCAACACUGUUCUCACACUUACAUCAAGUUCAGGGGACUCUAGAUAUACGGCUUGCGUUUAUAAAAGAUAUAGUAAAAGAAUCAUUACGCUUUAAACGACGUAACUUGGCGUCACUGUUAGAAGAAUAUCUUAAAACCAUUCAAGAGGACGGUUGCGCUAUAAAUCACAAGCUGAAUCACAAUGGUGCCACGAAGAUAAGUUGUUAAGAUACAUGCAUAACAAGGGCAUUGUCUUAAUAAUGUGAAGAACCUAGAUUGCGAAGGAACUCUUGUGCAAGUUUUUGCCAGAGAGUUUGAGUAGCGAGUU